CUACGAGUGGACCCUCCUCUAAACAGUAAAUCCUCGGACAAAAUUUUCAUAGAAAAUUCGAACGAUACAAUCGUGAAACGAUUCAUUUUGUUGUGAUUCGUUUUCAUUACUUUUCAUUCGUAUUCUUUGUCUAUUUAUCUUUCUCUUUCUCUCUCUUUCUCUCUCUUUCUCUCUCUCUCUCUCUCUCUCUCUCUCUCUCUCUCUCUCUUUCUCUUCUCUCUUUUUUCGUCACUGAAUUUAUUUAAAUAUAACGUCACGAUCAACAACGAAGCUUCGUCUUCUUCGUAAGGAUCGUUCAAGUGAUACGAAAAAGAGAAGAGAAAAUGAACAAGCUGUGCAGACAACUGUCGAUCGAAAGUCCAAGCGUAACAGGACGAGACUGCGUAUUUAGUUUCGAUGUACCGGUUCCUGAUGUACCCGCACAAGGUGCUCGAAUCCGUGUAGUUUGUGCCGGAGCUUGUUAUCAUCCAAAACGUUCACCGAGUCUCUCGUCUCUCACAUCGGUAUCAAGUACCAGUAGUUUGGCUACCGAGGCAUCCUUAGAGGGUGAUUUCCCAAUUAACAUUCCUCAUCAUGGCGUAAGAGAUGCCGCAUUAUUUCCUGGAUACGAAGUUGCCGGUGUCAUCGAGUCUCUUGGUUCUGACGUUAACGAGGAUUGCGAAUACGCUCUUGGAGAUCGCGUUAUCCUUUAUCCGUACGAAGGAAUACCAAACGGAUACGUCGAAUAUUUGGUUGUACAUGAUCUUAAAUAUCUUAUAAAGAUACCCGACAAUAUGUCAUUGAGCGUAGCAGCUAUGUUACCAGCCGGUGCACUACUUGCUAUGAACACCGUAUUUUCUGCACACGAGCAUGUACAGAAUCUUUUGAAGGAAAGAGACGAGAAGACUGUAUGCAAGAUAUUGAUCGUUGGCACAGGUGGAUUAGCACUUUGGGCAUUGAGAAUUGCGGCUUAUCACUUCAGUGAUAUAAAGGAUAGAGUGACCAUAACAAUCGCAACACUUAAAGAUGAUGGUCUCAUAAUGGCACAAGAAUUUCAACGUUUGAACUUUGCUUACAGCGUUAACGUUGUACAAUGGAACGAAGAUCUGUAUGAGAAACAGCUGAUCGAACGGACGAUGGACGCUUGUCAAGGUCAGGUUGACGUUGUAAUUGACUUUGGAACUACGUCCCGUAGUCUACAUCGUAGCAUCCAAUGUUUGAGCAAAGGCGGAGUCGUAUUCGUGAUAAAGGAAGUAGCUGAUCGUCUUUUACCAAAGUUUAGUAGACGUGCCGAAGAAAGACAACAAAGUAUAAAGUCGGUUGAACCAGGUACAUUGGAACAACUCCGUGAACUGGUUCAAUUGGUUGCAUCGAACGAAAUCGAACCACCACCACAUACGGUAUAUCCUGCCGAGGAAGCACUUGACGUCGUUCACAAGCUUUGUCAUUCCAUGAUUCAAGGUCGUGCGAUUCUUCGUUUCUAUCCAGCUGAUUAAAAGAGAAAAAAGAAGAAGAGAAAGAGAAAUUUCAUCUGUCAGUCUGCUGACUAUCUAUCUCUGUCUCUCUUUUGUUCUCGAUUAGCCGUGUCCAAGAGACUCUUCUUUCAUGGAUUCAACAAGAACUCGAAAAUACCUAUCGAGUUUCUCUCUCUUUCUCUCUUUUUCUUUCUUUCUUUCUCCUUAAUUUCGCUCAAACAUAUAACCGAAGAUAUGAGAAAAAUUGUGACAAGGGAAUAUAAUUAUCUGGGGAAAGAGAAGUUUCGAUAAAUUUAAAUAGGAUUUAUUUUCCUAUCUCGUUAGGAUCGAAUUAGAGUUUUUUUUCAAGGAUCAUAGAAAGAGAGAGAGAGAGAAAGUUUCUAAAUUAACGAUUUGAUUUUUGUUUGUUUAAUGUGAUGUAUGAAUGAUUUUUGUUUUGCGAGUGUAUGAAAGGGAGAGAAAGAGACGUGUGUGUGCGUGUGUGUACUUAUAUUUACAUGUGUACUCCUACCGACGAUCUCUCAUGGUUAUAUAUAUUUUGAAUCUAAUUUCUAUCGUAGAAAAAAUUUCACUUCCCUUUUUUUUCUUUCUUUUUUUUUUUAAAUGGCAUCUCGAACGAAUUCAAGAACGUCAAUGAACAUAGUUUAAAAUUUAUACUAUAAUUAUAAUUACGAUAUAUAUUUAUAAUAUAACGAUAGCUCGCGGCAGAGAUACACGAGAGAAAGAGAGAAAGAAAGAGAAAACAAAAGUGAGAAAACGAGAAAAUCGAAUGUUAGAUUAAUAAGAAAGAAUGAAUGAAUGAGUUCGAAAUGUUAUAAUCGUUUAACUCGUUUUCAUCGUCAAUUUCGAUACUCAUCCCCACCUCCCUUCUAACCAAUGGCGUUCGAUGUGUGAAAGUUCAUUGUUUAUCCUUAGAUCAGUAUUUUUUGCGUCUAUAGAUAAAUAAGUUUAGUUAUAAGUUUUGUCGAGAAAAUGUUUUAUUAAUACUAUACGUAUUAAUAACAAUGAAUCGCAUUGCAGUUAAAAGUUGCUCUAUCUGAAAAGACUGUUUCGUUUAUUUAAACGAUAUAUAUAUAUAUAUAAAUAUAUAGGUAUAUAUACAUAUAUGUACGUAUGUAUGUAUGUAUAUAUGUGUACGUAUAUAUAUAUAUAUAUAUAUACAUACAACUUCUUUUAUAUCAUAAUCUUAUAAUAAGCAUUAGAUUUGUAGGUACACGAAACGUCAUUGUACCGACUGUUGAUCGUGACAGUAUAAAUGUAUUAUAUUACAUGACGAUAAUAUAUAGUAAAAUAUAAUACGUUUUUAUUAAAAAAAA